AGAGGUCGCUGUUGUCGUCGAGUGAGGGUGUUUUUGUUGUGGGGGAGGGGGGACCGGAAGGUUUUUUUAUUUUUGAGGCCGCCUAUGAUGGAAAACAGGGAAGCCGAGGAGGAGGAGGAGGUGGUGGGCCUCGUCGUGAAGAGCCCCGCGCAGCGCCAUCCGGAUUUGCUCCUGUCGGCCCGGCGCUCCUGGAGCGUCCGGCGCCUCAAGGCGGAGCUGCGACACCUUCACCCGGAUGAACCGCCUGAAGAAGCUCAGAGGUUGAUCUACUCUGGAAAGUUGUUGUCUGACCAUCUUUUUCUGCAAGAGGUCCUCACUAAGCAGGAGACGCUUCACGUUCUUCAUUUGGUGUGCAACUCUAAGAAUCUGCCCACGAUUCCAGGAGCUGACAUGAAGGAGGCUGAAGCCAAGGAGCAGUCCACAGCAUUGGGCCAAAAUCCUUCGGACCUUCCUCCAAGGUCUGUUCCCAGCCAAGGACAGGCUGCCCCAGACCUGCCUGUGACCACAGAAGAAGCUGACACAAGAUCUCCGGUGACUCCGCACCCUUUUCAAGCUAUGAGCUCCAGUUAUUCAUCCUACACCACAUAUCAUAUGUUGCAGCUCUGGUUCCAUCAGCUCUACACAAGGCAAUACUACAUGCAAUACAUGGCUGCCAAUGCUCAUUUGGGUGACUUUUCCUCUGCACGAAGUUCCCAGGAGAUCUCGGUGGCUCCGGUGACCCCACCGGCUCCUCUCCCUGGUCCGUUUCCCGCUGAAAACCCCCCAGUUGAUCAAAACGCUCCCCCUCAAGCCAAUCCCGGAGUGAACCCAAACCUGCGCAUGAAUGCCCAGGGUGGACCCCUCAUGGAGGAAGACGACGAAGUCAACCGCGAUUGGCUGGACUGGCUCUAUUCAGCAACCCUCUUCUACGUCUUUGUCAACAUUGUUUAUUUUUACUCCAGUAUGAGCAGGUUCCUCUUGGUAAUGGCCGGGACCCUCCUCAUGUACCUGCACCAGGUUGGCUGGUUCCCUUUCAGACGAAGGCCAGCCCAGCCACCGCCACCACCGAACAACGUUCCUGCCCCGGCUGUGGUUAAUCAAGAUCAGAACAACAAUUUACAACAGGAGGAAAACCCAAGAGUACAAAAUGAAACAGAGAAUUUAGAGGCCGUCCGUGAGAACCAGCCAGCUCCAGCUGUUUCCUUCAUGAGCACAGCUUGGCUUUUCUUCAAGACUUUCUUCGCCUCCCUCCUGCCAGAGGGGCCUCCAGCUGUGGCAAACUAACUGGGUACAUAUUUCCUCUUUUCUCUUCUCCGGACACAAGCUUGAAUGUCCCAACACAGCCAAGGAUGGUUGGAUCAAAGAGGGUGAAUGUAGACUUUUGAAGCUAAAGACAGACGUGGCUGGAAGUGCAAUGAGAUGCUAGCUCAGAGCUUUAAGGAACAAUAGACCACCAAAGCCACAGCUUGAGAGAGUGGUGCGAAGUUUUGUACCUCAGCUGCUUUGGGGGCCAAGUGCAAGAGAGGAAGAGUCCUGCUACCAGGACCAACUUGAUUCCAGUUGGAGUGGAUCUCACGCUCGCCUACACAGAAGUGUGUAAUCUUGUGCAAUCAGCAUAUUUAGGAAAAAACGCACGGGGGAAGUUAAUGCCAAAAAUGAAGAAGAGCAGUUCUUAAUUCCUGACAACACAUGUAAAAGAUAAGGUGUAAAUAGCUUUUCCACAGAAGGUAACAGUUGAGCCUAUUAAUACUACACAGUGGAGGUGGGCAACCAAAGGGUCCUUUACCACCUGCUGAAAAACUGGGAGUUGGAAAACUUCCAGAAUUCCUAAGCCAGCAUGGCUGGCUCAGGAAUUCUGGGAUUUGAAGUCCGCAGCUGGUAAAGGGGCUUUGGUUGCCCAGCCAUGCUACACAGUGUAGCAGAAAGUAUUUCCUAGGUUUCAAGCACAAGGGGUUUUUCCUAUUUUGCCAAUUUAGCAAGUCAAUAUCAUGUCUGGAUGCGUGUCUUCGGAUAGAUCAAAUUGCAAAUACAACUUCUUUCAAGCAGCUUUCUAUUUUCCAGCAAUCUAUUUAAUCUUCAAGUUCUUUUUGUCAUUUCAUUUCAGAGUUAAAAGAGAAUGGGAUUUGUGCAAAAGAAUGAACAAUCUUUCCUUACUCUUCCCUCGUCUCCUUUCCUCUCUUCCCUCCCUCCCUCCCCAUCAUGCAAUUUUUCAGGCUGAUUCCCUGCAGGUUAGCUUGUGAAUGAAUGGUGCUUUCUAGGUUACAAAUUAAAAGAAAAAACAUUGGCUUGAAUCUGAAGUCUGAUGGAGCAUAACAUCAUGAACUGGAGGCUCUGACACUUGGAAAAGGAGGGGUAUUUUGUAGGUGACCUUUGCUCCUGAGUUGGGACAGUCUGAAUCCCCAGAGAUGGGUCAGAGUGAGUAAGCGAGUCACCCCAAAUUACUGUAGCUGCUCAUUUUGCAAAUAGAAGUUUGAAACGUAGGCUGUGAGAUUUCUAGGAUCAUUUGAUCAAAAGAUUAUGUGGGCCCCUCCCAGCCAUGUUGGAAGCUGCGGUAUAAUAUCAGAAUUAUAGUGUGAGUUGCCAUUAUACAUUUGCUGUGAUGAUGUGAUUCAUGACUGAUGCAAAUUGUUUUAAGUAUGGUUGUAAUGGCCUCAUCGCACGUCUAGAUACCCAGGGUUUCACUGAAGGGGAAAAAUAUUCUUUAACAUCUGCAUUUAACUUGGACAUUUUAGUACAAGCAAAAUAAAAUUCUUUGGAUUUCUGAUUAAUUGGUCUGCUUACAAUGGUCAGAUUAAUUUCCCCACAACUUAAGCCUCUCUGCCUGGAACUCCCUAGAAUUGCAUGAUUUUUCCAAAGUCAUUCUUUUCCACUCAGGGAUUAUUUUGCAUAUAAAAGCAUUUCUGUGUUUCGAUUUCAGGAUGAUGCCAAAAUGGUAUGUUUUCGCUGUUGUGGAUUGUAACAUGGAUGCUUUCUAUUUCUUAUCUACUCAAAUUGCAUAUAGACAGUCACGUGAUGGCUGAAUUUUUUUUCUUUCUUGUACAUUAUUAAACAAAGUUUAAUAUA